AUGGCGCCAAUUCCUAUCACUAUCGUUACAGGGUUUUUGGGAUCAGGUAAAACGACACUGAUACUGAACCUGAUCCCCCAACUUCGCGCCCAGAACCCAGACUAUAAGCUUGCGCUUCUCAAGAACGAAUUCGGCGAUCUCGCAGUCGACUCACAACUCGCCGCCAACUCUGCCAUCUCGGGCGUCCAGGAACUCCUCAACGGCUGCAUCUGCUGUAACCUCGUCGGUCAACUCGGCCCCGCGCUCGAAGAACUAGAAAAGACCGUCACGCCCGAUCGAAUCGUUGUUGAAACCAGCGGCUCGGCUUUUCCCGCGACCCUCGCUCUCGAAGUCAACCGCCUUGCGCGUGAGUCCGGGAAGUACAUCCUCGACGGUGUCAUCAGCGUCAUUGAUGUCGAGAACUGGAAGGGUUAUGAGGACACUAGCUACACGGCACGCAUUCAAGCGCGCUACACCGAUCUCAUUGUCUUCAACAAGUGGGAGAAUGUCAGCAUGCUACGAUACGACGAAUGCCUCGAUCGAGUCGGCGACUUGGAAGUUGACGUUGCCAAGGUCAAGAGCGACAAGGGCAAAGUGUCGAUAGACUUGAUCUUUGGCGUGGAUGGUGGUUUGGCGAAGGAGUUGACAGAGGCAGAUGUUGAAAAGACCAACGGCCACAGUCACUACCACUCCAACGGCACAACAAACGGCCAUUCUCACAACCACCAAAGCGAAGUCGAGGUUUUGUCAGUUGUCCUGAAAGCCGAUCCUUCGGCACGAGUUUCGACCGAAAAGCUCAUUGCCUUCCUCUCCUCCACCCCCAAAGACGAAGCCUACCGUAUCAAGGCCCUUAUCUCACUCUCAUCAACGCCCACAAACUCCGACCCCGAUAUUCCCCCACCAGAGCCAAGCGCCUCCGGCCGAUAUAUCCUCAACUGGGCAUUUGGCCGCUGGACGUUCACACCUGUUGCGGAAUCACUGCAGGAGCAUGACUCGAGCAGCGAUGUCACACUACGCAUGACGAUAAUUUUUGCGCGAUACGAGAGCAACAAAUGGAAGAAGAGAAUUGAAGCUGGUGGAUUGAUAGAAUUAGAGGGUGGAGACUCAAGCGAUUUGACAGUUACAAAAAUUCUAUAG